AGUAGAAGUUGCAAUUGACAAUCUCUUGUAAACUUGGCCACAUGUUAUCCACAAAAACAUCUUUUUCACUAUCCAUCCAUUAUACAAUAUCCUCUUACUGAUAAUCAAUUAAUCCAUACAAUUCCACUAAUUUUCCCUCCCUUUCUUCAAGAAUCAACCAAAAAAUGUCAGUAGCAUCAUCAUCUUCCUUCCCCUGCAUCAAAAUUCAAAACUCAUCUUCUUCUUCUUCCUAUAAUUUCAGAUUUUCAACUACACUCACCAUUAGGAGUUCUCAAGCUGAUGGCCCUUUGAGAAGACCUAUGGUACAACCCCCUACCCCUGUCAAACCUACCCCACCAUCACCGCCUUCUUCUUCUUCGCCUCCGCCUAGUGCUCCGCCCAAGCAGGUGGCAGUGUCCGCCACGGAGGGCAAGAAUGUAAUUACAAUGGAAUUUCAGAGGCAAAAAGCUAAGGACCUUCAAGAGUAUUUCAAGCAGAAGAAGCUUGAGGAAGCUAAUCAAGGCCCCUUCUUUGGUUUUAUUGCCAAGAAUGAAAUUUCUAAUGGCAGAUGGGCAAUGUUUGGUUUUGCUGUUGGGAUGUUAACAGAAUAUGCCACUGGUUCUGACUUUGUGGAUCAAGUUAAGAUCCUUCUCUCAAAUUUUGGGAUACUAGACCUGGAAUGAGGUUCCUCCAUAUCACAAAAUGCUGCUAUAAGAUACUCUCCUUUGUAAUUUUGUGUAAAAGAAUCCAAUUGCUUUCUUUAAUUUCCUCACUUAAAUUCUCAA